AUGGACCCUCGCUACAACUGGCUGCCGCAAGGCUUUCCCAACGGCCAAUAUGCGCCCUAUAAUCAUCCUCAGCAACCAAAUGGAUACCAAUACCCGCAGCCACAGGCACAGCAGCAACAGCAGCAGCCGUCGCAGCAAGGCUAUCCACCACAGUACCAGCAGCAAUAUGCCCCAAUGCCCAUGCAGACUUCUGGGGGCUACCCGCCGCCGCAGCAAUACCAGAACUACAAUCAGGCGACACCACCUCGGCAGUCGAGCCAACACUACCCGCCAAUGGGUAUGCCAGUGUCGCAACAGAUGGCCCAGCCAAUGCAGAUGCAGCCGCAGAUGAACCAGAACCACCAACAGCAAAUCCAGCCGCGUAUACAGCCCCAAGUCGUUAUUCCUGCAAGGAACCCCCACUCGCAUCCAUCGUCCGCUAUGCAGAUGCAGCCCCCUCGACCACGGGAGGCUCAGGUACAAGUGCAGGUGCCGGUGCAGCGGCCCGGCAAUGCGAUUCCGCAGAUGGAUGGCGUGGCAGAGCUACAACGGCGGUACAGUUCUCAGCAGUCUGUAGCCUCGCCUGCAACGAAGCCUGUGGAAAGGUCGCAGUCGCAUCAAGAAAAUGCUCCUCGCCCGCAGCAGCGGCCUAUGAAUACGCAAAUGCAGAACCAGAACCAGCAUCGCACGCCUCUCCAGCCCCAGUCUGUACCAGCGCAGCGUGCGCCAUCUCAAGCACAAGCCCCCCUUAAGCACGAGCGGACUCCGUCUGUACAAGAUCCCUCACCCAGACCCAAAUCACACCCUAAAGUUGUCAUCUCGAAACCCUCGUCACAUCAGCUCACUCCAACGAAGCAUGUUCAUACGCAACGGAAGCAACUCCCAGCGGACCUCUCGGUCAUGCUACUUUCCGCCGCAGACGAAUACAUUGCUGCAGCACGCGGUAUGAGCGCCGUCAUUCUGCGCCACAAGAGACAAGCAGAUAUACAUCAAUACCAAAAAUACAUGGCGACGGCUAUGGCAUGUAUGGAAUCUGUAUUGAAGGACUUCAAUCUUCUACCCCGAGACGAGGCUAAGCUGCGCUUAAGGUAUGCUAGCUUGUUAAUCGACGAGACGGACAACUCAACCGAGAUUGAGGGAAUUUUGUCAAAACAGAUAUCGCUGUGUGGACGUUUCCGACUGCACGAUUUGAAGUAUGCCACUUUUCAUCUACAAGCUCGAUAUCAGUUCAAGACCAAUCAUCGCGCUGCCAUCAAGUCUUUGAGCAAACCGAUCAGUGAAGCUGAGACAUUUCAGCAUAUUGCCUGGGUCUAUGCUCUGAGAUUUUUGAAGAUUUCACUCAUCUUGCAGGUCCCGGGACGUAUUGAAGUAGUCCCUGCGCUACAGCAGCUGAAUGCCAUAGCUUCCCAUGCCCAAAAGCUUGGUGAUCGAGCCAUUUACGUGGCCUGUUGUGUAAUGGAGGCGAUGGUGCAUCUUCGAUCUAGCGCAGCAGACCGACUUGAACAAGCCCAGAGAGCUGUUGCAGCUGCACGCAGUCUACAGCUCGAGGUAUCGAACACACAGCUCGGUUCAUUCGGCACUCUCAUUGACCUGGUCGAUGUUGCCUGUGGCAUUCAACAAGGCAAUCCUGACCAUAUGAAGCAAGCUCGGCUCGAUGGAGUCAUGACGGACAAGACGGAAAAGAGUGCAAGGAUUCAUGCUGGGAUUUUCACGGUACUCAUUGAGAAGAGCUUCGGUGGUAGCCUGACAAGCGACUCUGGUGGGAUCUUUGAGAAGAAUGCGGAUGGACGAGACGAGCUCCUGUUCUCUUGGCUUCCACGAGAGGACAUGCAGGCGCUAUGUUUCCACAUCAGCGCACUUGAUCAAAGUGUCCACGAAAAAGGACUUCGAUUUAUUGAAGAGGCUCACUCACGAUCCAGAGAGGCGCUGAAACGUCAGACCGCGUUCGAUGCACCGGUCAGCAUUGCUCAGGCUCAGGCAGACUGGAUUCGUGUCCUCGAUUGGCACAACGUGUUCGCUUUGGGUCUGAUGUCACUGGCUCGCUGUCAAAAUUCCAAGGCAAAGGAUGCGUUGUCAAUCCUUAAGGGCCGGAUUGCAAAACCUCCUUACAACAAUCAGGGGGUGUUUACUCGGUCCCUAUCAUUCUUGUCAGCCGUCAUCUAUCAAACUGAAGGGUCACUGAGUUCCGCUCUUACUGCGUACUCCUCGGAAGAGCUCGCUUUACCGGACGCAGCAACCUCACCAGGCAUGAACCUAGAUCUCGCGAUACUUGCGGCCCUUAACCGCUUCCUCAUUGUGCGCAACCCAUCUCACCCUGAGCAUCACACUGCAAAUACACUGGUAGUAGCACUACAACAAAUAAGCGGUAACCACUCGAAUCAGUACAUCAGAACAGCAUUCCGCAUUCUACAGGGCAUGAUCAGCGAGAAUGUGACGAUCAAUCGCCAGAAGACACAGAUGCAGUCGGCGAGCAAUCGAGCCAGAGAUGUCUUUAGCGCUACAAACAAUGCUGAGUUUGUCAUCAUGGCCCUGAGCGUGUUCACUGCGAGAUUCUUCGUGGACGCUCCAAAUUGGGCCAAAGCGAUAGACGCCACGAGGCGUAUCGCACUCCGGAGCGGUAAACCGCUUUGGAUGGCGGUUGCCGCUGGCCUAUGUAUGAUGGCGUACCAACAGAAUGGAUUGUUCGAGGAGGCGCAGAAAGCACAAGCAGACUUUGAGCUUGUGCGAACCAAGUUGCCUCCUGCUCUGCGGGGCGAACAGGAAGAAGACAUGGACGCAGAGGGCGAAGUCGACGAGGGAUGA